GUCGUCGGUAGAACAACUGUUAACUACAGCUCAUAACUCUAAGUGCUAGUGAUGGAGGAUGACAAGACACAAGCACUGUUCCUGGUGGACUGUGCCUCACAAGAGCACACUAAAGCCACCUGCCUCUCCUGCACAAGAGCUCUUCUCUACCUCACUAACUUCCCUCAGCAACAGACUACCAACAAGAAGAGGCUACAAUGGAACUUCAAGCUCUUCAGCACACGAUGGCAACUUCCCCUCAGACUCCACUCUAAGACAACCCACUUUCAAGAUCUCUCCUCUGACAAUUUGGACGUAUUCUUCACUGAACUGGACAAAUGCAAUGACUCCUCGGGACAUGCACAACCAUUGUGCUCCACUCCCCCUGUGCAACUACUGUACAAGGCUUUAGCUGCCAGUGUUCAAGAUUAUCCGUGGGACGCUCCAGAUAUAGCAUCCCCAGUGUUGUCACGGCAACACACUGGACGUAGACGAAAGCUAUCGCCUAAACGAGGUCCUCAAAAGAAAAAUUUUAUAUUCAUUGUAUCCCCAUGUCCGCAAAGUGUGGAGGAGCUGAGUGUGUUUAGUAGUGUGGGCAUGACUGAGGACCUGGGAGAGUGUGUGCGUGGGCAGUUACUACCCACCCCCCUACUCAGCCAGCUGGAGGGGCGGGGCAUCACUCUGCACUGGAUACACCACAACACUCCACUCUCCGACAUGGUCCCGCCCACUCUCAUCUCUGAGCUAUUGGCCGUCACUGGUGGGACUCUCAUUCCCAUGGCAACACUCAUCGGACAUACAGACCAAGUGGAGAGUAAGGCAGCAAAGAAGGAGAAGGUGACCAGAUCGUCCCUGGUAGCAUCACUGUUUCCAAGCUCCUUGUAUCUUGACAAGUACCUGAGGUCAGACCAUAAUCCAGCAAAGCCAAUGGAGGGGCAAAACAUGUACUGGCUCACCACUGCUGCAGGUCGUAUCGCGUGUGCAUGUGAGCUGAGCAGUAUGUACCACACUAGAUGUACUAGAGGGAGUCACACUACUAGGACGAAUGAUUCCAACUAUCAGAGAGACGGUGAUAGUAUCUCACAGACUGUGCCUCGUAUUGUGAUAGUGGGUGUGGUUCAACAGUCUGAUGUGCCACUCCCCUCUCUCUGCCCCACCUCCUCUUGUUCCUGUGUCAGUAUACACAUCCCUCGUGAGAUCAGGACACGGUUCUCCCUCUGUGAUCCAGCAACCCCCCUAACAAUGGACCCCCUGGACACAGCUACCCCCCUAACAAUGGAUCCCCUGGACACAGCAACCCCCCUAACAAUGGACCCCCUGGACACAGCUACCCCCAUAACAACGGACCCCCUGGACACAGCAACCCCCCUAACAAUGGACAAUCCAAAAACUCCUGAAAACACAUGUUUACUGAAACGUAUAUUUAAGACACCAGACCCUCAUCGCCCCAUUGACCAGCAGCUCCUGUGUCUCUCCCCUUCCAUCCACCUACCUAGACUACCCUUCACUCUACCAGGACGUAGUCACCUCCCUCCAGAGCGUGGUCUAGUCUCUCACCUCCACCUCCGACAACGCUGCAAGAGUGCUCCUAUGAUCAAGACACCUUUGUCACAGUUGCUACGACGAUCAGUGACAGUGGAUGUGGAGAGAUGUCCAUUGCCAAGGGCCAGGAGAUCUGUCUCAAUGUCUCCAAGAGACCUCAAACUACAACUGACGAAGAUAGUGAAACCUCCACAAGUUCAGGCCCCUCAUCCCCGGGAGUGUGUGUCAGAGAGGAAACGUCACUCUAGACAGUUCCAAACACUCUGUCUAUGGCUGGCCAAGAAGGGAUACCUCUUGAUAGUGCGAGUGUGUGCAGAGGAUGGAGAGUCUUGUGUGUCUGUUAUACAACCUGUGUCGUCCCUCCUCGCCACGGUAACCAGUGUGAAACCUCAAUAUCAGGACGCCCUCAUUUCUAAAGUCAUGAAGUUGGAGGACUUAUCACGGCAGCAACACCCUCCCCCUAGUGAUGGUGACCCCAGGACUGUGUCUGAUGCUGAACUAGUGGCAAGCAUCUCACUUCUCUCCACCAGUGUUGGCACUGUGAGGCCAUUCACUCAUCAGACCUUGCUGCCAUGGUUAGCCUACUCUGAGCUAGGUGGACUGGACAGUGCUACUAUAGACUCUCUGACUAGGCUCCACUGUGAGGAGGAUGGCAGGGCUACCACAAGACUUGACCUCAUUGCUAAACUCAAGGCUGAGUACAGCUGCAAGACCCUGACCCCUAGAGAGGAGAAGACAAGGAUAUCAGAGGAGGAGAGUUCAGGAAAGGUAACUGAAGGCACUGAAGAGUCAGGAGAUGCAUUCAAAGGACAGGAAGUGGGUGUGGCCUCUGUGGGGGAGUUGCGUGGGUGGUUCCAACAGUGUUAUCAUGAUCAAGUUGAAGCUGAACUUGAUCAGGAGGAUAAGGGUGACGCUCUGCAAAGAUGGGCCUCUGUAGUUGUACAACAGUAUGCUGGAAAUUUCACAGCAUUGGUUGCCAAUGGAGACCACCAUUCGUCCAAUCAGAAUGACCACGUACAGGCUCAGCUUUGGGCAGAGCUCAAUAGCAGUGUACUAGUCAGCGGAGUCUCUCUAAGCGCUAAAUAUGACAACUUGUUCAAAAGCCUUCACGAUCAUGAGGAGGACAAUGGCAACAAAGAUAGAGAAAAGGUCAUUGCCAGCCAGAGACUAUCGGAGUAUUUACUCCAGGUGUUGCUACGGUUUGAAGCCAUGAAGGCAUGUCCUAGUUCAUGUACUGAUGGACAGUCCUACUCAGACCUGCUGUUGUUCCUCCUCCGUAAGAUCUCUCUACUCUCUAACCCAGGGCUGUUGGGUAGACUCAUGAGGAGAACACUCCUUCCAUUGUAUGUGAACAGCUGUCGUGAUGUCCUCCUGGAGCUGUAUGAGGGUUUAAUGCUGCCCCUUCCCUCUGAUCUGAACCCUGACCCUGAGAGUGGUGUGGAGAGUGUGGGUGGAGCUUCACAAGAGAGUAGCGAUGAAGAGGGGGGCUCUAUGGUUGAGCCACUCCAACAAGCAACCAUCAUCAACACUAGGAGACUGGCAAGACACGCUAGUUUCCAAGACAACCAGCGGCAGAUAUCCGUGCUUAGCAAGAAGAGGAGAAAAAGUCGAAAGAAAAACAAAAUUGAGAAAUGUUUGCAGAAAUUAAGUGCUGACACAGCACUAACAGCUCUGAGAAGAUCUCCUAGAUUGAUGAGGACAGGUACUGCUGAGAAUGGUCGUGGUGGAGCGUGCCGCAAUCUGUUCACUCGCAGCCUCAGCGUGUGUGAGGCAUCUCUUAAAAGACCGCCCACUCACGAGGAGGACGGAGAGAGGCAACCAAAGAGGAAGAGAGCUGCUGGUCUGAGGAGACACUCCACAAUGGCAGCCGAGGUUCUGGUCAAAGAAACCCCAGUCAAGAAACAAGUUGAACACUACCAGAGAUUCAAGCUACAGAGACUCCGGUCAAAGUCCACCAUCACCUCUCCUGACGUGGUGGCCAUUGAAGAGUCUCCUAGGAGAUCCUUUUACUCAAAGCCUAAGAUCACCAGAGUUCAUACAGCUGACUCCGCCCACUUCAAGACCCCACCCCUUAAGGAGACGGCUCAGCUAGUGUGUAAAGAGCCCUCCCCAGCCUCACUCCACUCACUGCUGCAUGGAGAGAUACUCGCUCACCAACAAACUACCCCUCACUCUCGAGCACGGCCUUCAUUCCCCGAGUCCCCUCUCAAACAAGCCUGGCUGGCCAAUCAAAGCAGUCCUAUCAUGUUCUCCUCGCCUGUCAUUGAUAAGGACGAUUGCAAUGUGAUUGGUCGAACACCAUCCAAGGGUGGGCAAUCGGUUGCUAAGACGACACAAGAGACUAACAGCAGUUGGUCUACUGGCAGAACUGCACGGAUGUUGACAUACGAUAACCAACUGUCUAAACAGAUGCUAGAACUCCCCUCCCCCAAAGAGACAACACCCCCUUGUAUACUAGAAGAGGAACGGACGAUACUGGACAUUCCUAGUCUAUACACACCUCACAACAAUACUCAACCAGACACCUGGAAUGUGCCCGAGGCAAUGGAUCCCAGCAUAGAGACAGAGAGCGCUUCCAUGAUGGCCUUUGCACUCUGCACCCCAACCAAGGAGGACAGACGUGACUUUCACGAGGCCUUUUUAGACUAACAGUGACUGUGUUAUAUAUACUGUAUACCAUCUACGUCAGACUCGUCACUUUAUGAUAAAUUUUGUUGAUAAUAAUAAUUAUAAAUGAA